AUGAACUACAAAUCUUUAAAUCGCAAUGCUCCUCAACGUCCUCAACCUAUCAGGCCUCCUCAGCGCCCUACUGCUUAUCAGCAGCCCCGGCCAACUUCUGGGCUAGCGCUACCCCCUAUUACCCCACAGAGUCUGGCCCAGGCGGCUCAACCCCAGUCUCAUUCGAAUUCAACCCCCUUGACGCUCCCUUCUCUUGCUCUUCCGCCCCAUCCAACUUCAUCGACUUCUAAUGCACCAGCCCAGCCAGCACCUGUAGCUACGGAAGCUCAGAGUCAACAAAUUCAGAUCCAAACGCAGGUUCAACCGGCUCCUGGUCAAGAACUGUCCUUAGAACAGCAAUAUAUUACUAAUGUAGAAGGAAUUGUACCUACCUUACAUAUAAUCCAAAGGUCUGUCUCUGGCUGGACUUCGUGUUCCUUCCAGUGCUUACCGUAUCUUGAAAAACAGCGUUUUGCUGCUGUAAUCAUGCGAAUUCGUGAACCAAAGACGACAGCGCUCAUUUUUGCGUCUGGAAAAAUGGUAGUCACGGGAGCGAAAUCGGAGGACGAUUCUCGCCUUGCGUCUCGCAAAUACGCUCGUAUCAUCCAAAAGCUCGGGUUCGAUGCCAAGUUCACCGAAUUCAAGAUUCAAAACAUCGUCGGCUCGUGCGAUGUCAAGUUCCCUAUCCGCUUGGAAGGUCUUCACUAUGGUCACGGAAAUUUCUCCAGCUAUGAGCCUGAGUUAUUCCCUGGCCUCAUCUACAGGAUGUUCAAGCCAAAAGUUGUAUUACUUAUAUUCGUAUCCGGUAAAAUUGUACUCACUGGAGCCAAGGUAUGCGCUUUACCUUUCGUCAAUCCGAAUUCUAACGUGUAUCAGGUUCGCGAGGAAAUCUAUACCGCCUUCAAC